AGUUGAAAGAAAAUUGUUAAGAAGUACAGUUGUGAAAGCGUGAUUUUUUCCCAAAAUUUCUUGAUCGAAGCACACACAGUGUGAGAAAAAAAUCUUUACAAAAAAUGGCAUCUAAACCGAUCCGAAGUGGAACUCUUGAUAAUAUUCCUGGAUUAAGUGAUGAUAUACGACAAAUGUAUCGGGAUUUAAAGCGAAUGGGAAGCACCACGUCAAUUAUUUCGGAUAUUUCAGAAGAAGCUCUUACAUUCGACAGCAAACCGGACGAUGAAGAUUCGAAUGAAAACACUGAUUUAGCAGAACGUUUGCAUGGUGUGGAUUUAAGUGAUGCCGAUGCAAUUUGGUCAAAACUUUCGGAAAGUGAACGUGAACAAAUGGGCCGAGUUGUGCAACAACAAAAUGUGACCGCUGUAUUACCAACAUUUAACCCAUGGUGGGAGAAUAAAGUGCAUCGAAUUGAAAUAUCCGAAAUUGAUGCAGAUCCAUCGAAUAUGGUCAGUACGGAACAUGAAUGGCGGAAUUUGCAGCAUCCAAAAAUCAAGAAAACUAUUGCUGAUUUUUCACAAAUUUCAAUCGAACCACCGACCCAACACAUUGAAAAUAAUUUGAAAAACGUUCUUGCCGCCUACACAUCAACCGUUCGAUUUUUCUAUGGCGAACAUUUGAGAAGUGCAUAUGAAGCGGUGAAAUAUUUAUUUGUGAUAUGUUCGAGCUUGAAGUCAGAUGAUACAACGUUUAUCGAUUCAAAAUUGGCCAUCGAUGCGAUACGUGUGGAAGCAAGAAAAGAAGGACUUACCAUUGAAGAUAAUGAUCUAAUGCAAAUGAAAAAAGAUAUUGACAACAUUACCGAGGGUCCCGAUCCAAAUCAUCAAACCAACUGCUACAUUUUGGCCGCAUUGUCCGAUUUAUAUCGUCUUUUCCAAUUGGCCAAAUCCCGAUCAUCAUCGAUAGCUACCAAAAAAGCAUUCACAGCAUCAAGCAAAAAACUUGAAAUUAUUCCAGCACAGGAUCAAGCUCUGGAAUUUCAACAGUUUAUCAGCCGAUUUGGUGACUUCAAAAUUGUCGAAUUCAUCUCAAUGGACAGAAAGCAAAUAAAUUCAACCAUGAAAAAAGUGGAAUAUUUCUUGGCAUAUGCUAAAAAGUUCUUAUCAUUUUCAUAAGCUAUUGAGAGAGAAAAAUAUGUGAAAAUAAUAUAAAUUUAUACAU